AUGGCAGACGAUGUGGGAAGGCGUCGAGCGGCCUUGAAGAGAUGUCCCCUCGGCCAUUGUCUUCGAUCGGGGUUUCUCAACAAUCUCGCCAACAGCCUUCUAGGUAGAUUCAGGCAGCGGAGCGUCCCGUCUGACCUUGAUGAGUCCAUCGAGCUGGAUCGGGCUGCACUACUCCUUCGUCCCCCCGGUCAUUCUGAUCGAUCACAGUCUCUCAACAAUCUCGCUGCCAGCCUUAGAGACAGAUUCAGGCAGCGGGGCGUCCUGGCUGACCUUGAUGAGUCCAUCGAGCUACAUCGGGCUGCACUACUCCUUCGUCCACCCGGUCAUUCUGAUCGAUCAGUGUCUCUCAACAAUCUCGCUGCCAGCCUUGGAGACAGAUUCAGGCAGCGGGGCGUCCCAUCUGACCUCGAUGAGUCCAUCGAGCUCCUUCGGGCUGCACUACUCCUUCGUCCCCCCGGUCAUUCUGAUCGAUCACUCUCUCUCAACAAUCUCGCUGCCAGCCUUCGAGACAGAUUCAGGCAGCGGGGCGUCCCAUCUGACCUCGAUGAGUCCAUCGAGCUCCAUCGGGCUGCACUUCUCCUUCAUCCCCCCGGUCAUUCUGAUCGAUCAGUGUCUCUCAACAAUCUCGCUGCCAGCCUUGGAGACAGAUUCAGGCAGCGGGGCGUCUCGUCUGACCUCGAUGAGUCCAUCGAGCUCCUUCGGGCUGCACUUCUCCUUCGUCCCCCCGGUCAUUCUGAUCGAUCACUCUCUCUCAACAAUCUCGCUGCCAUCCUUCGAGACAGAUUCAGGCAGCGGGGCGUCCCGUCUGACCUCGAUGAGUCCAUCGAGCUCCUUCGGGCUGCACUUCUCCUUCGUCCCCCCGGUCAUUCUGAUCGAUCACUCUCUCUCAACAAUCUCGCUGCCAUCCUUCGAGACAGAUUCAGGCAGCGGGGCGUCCCAUCUGACCUCGAUGAGUCCAUCGAGCUCCUUCGGGCUGCAUUACUCCUUCGUCCCCCCGGUCAUUCUGAUCGAUCAGUGUCUCUCAGCAAUCUCUCUGCCAGCCUUGGAGACAGAUUCAGGCAGCGGGGCGUCCCGUCUGACCUCGAUGAGUCCAUCGAGCUCCUUCGGGCUGCACUACUCCUUCGUCCCCCCGGUCAUUCUGAUCGAUCAAUGUCUCUCAACAAUCUCGCUGCCAGCCUUGGAGACAGAUUCAGGCAGCGGGGCGUCCCAUCUGACCUCGAUGAGUCCAUCGAGCUGGAUCGGGCUGCACUACUCCUUCGUCCCCCCGGUCAUUCUGAUCGAUCAAUGUCUCUCAACAAUCUCGCUGUCAGCCUUCGAGACAGAUUCAGGCAGCGGGGCGUCUCGUCUGACCUUGAUGAGUCCAUCGAGCUGGAUCGGGCUGCAUUACUCCUUCGUCCCCCUGGUCAUUCUGAUCGAUCACAGUCUCUCAACAAUCUCGCCAACGGCCUUCGAGACAGAUUCAGGCAGCGGGCCGUCUCGUCUGACCUUGAUGAAACAUUUAGUCUGUUCUUGCAACUCCCAUCCAUAUCUUAUGCAGUCUCUCGUGCGGAUCUUACUGCUGCCAAGUCAUGGGCUGCUGCCGCUGAAGAGACAAACCAUAGUUCUGCAUUGCUUGCAUAUCAAACUGCAUUGAAAUUCCUGGAUCAGCAUGUCACUCUUUUGUCGUCUUCGUCACGUCAUUUUGAUGUCCUGAGGAUGGCUACGGCUUCGCUUGCUGUGGACGCUUUCUCGUGCAGCGUUCGACAUGGCGCGCCGACAACUGCUGUGGAAUUGGUGGAGCAGGGCCGCGCAGUAUUCUGGUCCCAGCUGGCACGCUUAAGCUCGCCGUUCGAUGGAUUCUCCUUGCCCGGUGAUACCGGCGGAGUCUUGGCGGAAGGGUUCGAGCAGCUGAGCUUCAGCCUUCGUAGCGCAUUCGACCAGUCUACUGAAGACCAGUCCCCACAAAUCCGACAACUGGUCAUCCAGUGGAAUGGUGUCGUCUCCCGCAUCCGCAUGCUCCCUGACUCUUCUCGAUUUCUCCUGCCUCCCUUGUUCUCCAACCUACAGAAGGCCGCUGAAGAAGGACCUGUCAUUAUCGUCAAUGCUAGUCAGUACGGCUGCGACGCCUUGAUUGUCCUGAUUGACCAAAAUCCUGUCCACGUUUCGAUUGGUAUCACGCGGGCUCAAGUCUCCGAAUUGUCCUCCGAUUUUCACUCCGUCGCAGAGCAAUUUGGUUCUUCCGAUCAUCAGAACAAGCUUGUGGGCAUCCUCCGCAAGCUUUGGCAUCAUAUCGUUGACCCCGUGGUCCAAGCCCUCAGGAAGUCGAAUGUUCGCCCUGGCUCGCGUAUCUGGUGGUGUCCCACUGCUGAAUUUACUUUGCUUCCUCUACAUGCAGCAGGACCCUAUGAGAGGGAGAGAGACAACUUGUCAGAGAUUUACAUCUCCUCUUAUACCCCCACUUUGGCGACACUUGUUCGUGCGAGACAGCGCGUCUCUCGAUAUGCAUCUACUCAAUAUUUUGUUGGAAUUGGUCAAGGAAAGCCAGACAGAGGGAAGGAACUGCGAUGCGUCGCUCCUGAAUUAGCCGCCAUAGCUCAGCAUCUCGUGCCCAUCGUGACGUCCUUUACGUCGCUCGAGGACAGCGACGCAACAGUACAGGGUGUCCUUGAUGCACUAACCCACAACCAGUGGCUUCACCUAGCCUGCCACGGCACGCCAAAUCGACAACGACCAUUUGAAUCUUCUUUCGCAAUGCGCGAUGGGCCGUUGAUGAUCAAGGACAUCAUCCGAUCCAACUGGCAGCAUCCGGAAUUCGCAUUCUUAUCGGCUUGCCACACUACUGUGGGCGGUGAAACGAGUCCCGACGAGUCGAUCCAUCUCGCGGCGGCUAUGCAAUUCUCUGGAUUUCGCAGUGUGAUUGGCUCUAUGUGGUCUGUCGACGACGAGGUUGCACGGCAGGGAGAUUGGACUGCACGCGGGCUGCGAUGGCAUUGCACAAGGCCGUGA